CUACCGAGUACCGAGUAAUGAACAAAAAAAGAAAAACCCGAGAAACUUCUACGGUUCUUCAAUGGAGGCGCAAAGGCCAACCGAACUGGCUGGAGCUGCCGCGAGACGUGUUGUCCGCGAUAUUUGUGAAGGUAGGUGCGAUCGAGGUGCUGAGGAACGUUCGGAGAGUCUGUUCGGAGUGGCGCAAUCUCUCCGAGGACCCUAUCAUCUGGCACACCAUCGACAUGCAUCACAGAGACGGUAUCGCCUACUGCUCCGAUAACAUCCUCGACGCCAUGUGCCGCCGUGCAAUCGACCUCAGUUCCGGCCAAUUAACCGACAUCACCGUCGACAAUUUCGCCACUGACUCUCUUCUCAAGUACAUCACCGAUUCCACAAGUAAUCUACGACGUCUACGCCUUAUACUAUGCUAUGAUAUAACAGAUAUGGGAUUGGCUUUAGUUGCACAAAAGCUACCUCAGUUGGAAGAACUUGACAUAUCAAUCAGCCAUUUAUCCGAGUAUCCUCUAGAAACUAUUGGCCAGAACUGCCCCCAGUUAAGAACAUUGAAAUUUAAUAUAGAAUGCCACAGAACUCCGCACAUCGAGUCCAAUAAGGUUGCAUUUGCCAUUGCGGAAACAAUGCCUGCAUUACACCAUCUACAGCUUGUUGGAAACAAGUUGACCAAUGAUGGCUUACUUGCCAUUCUUGAUGGGUGUCCCAAUCUUGAAUCUCUCGACUUACGACAGUGUUUCAAUUUGAAGUUAGAAGGAAAAUUGGAGAGGAGAUGUGCUGAACAGAUCAAAGAUUUUCGGCGUCCAUGUGAUCCCAUUGAUGAUUAUCCAUUUGGAGGUGAAGAUGUUAAAUUAGAGUUUGCAACGAAGGAGUUUGUGAAUGCUUUAAAAUUUUUCACAUAUGAUAUGAUUCAAUUUUGAUCGUAA